AAAAACACAAAGACAUGCAGAAUCUUAGCUGGAUCCACCAUUACCCAAAUUUCACCUUCUCUUGUUUUCAUUUUUCCCCAUUCAACCCUUUUCCACUCUCUCUCUCUCUCUCUCUCUCUCUCUCAACACUCCACACUCACACUAUAACAAAACCAGCUAGAAAAAAAGAAAAAAAACACAUACACCUCAAAAAUUCACAAUGUGUAGUUUCUAUUUCUUCUUCAUCUUCUCCAUAAUCUUCUUCUUCUUAACACCAUUAACAUUAUCUUCAGAACCAAGAAGAUUCCUUCAUCAACCUUUUCUCCCUCAAAACUCACUCUCACCUUCUCAAUCACCGAACCCAUCUCCACCUUCUCAAUCAUCAUCAUCAUCAUCACCAAAUCCAAAACUACCAUUUUCCACAACUACCCCUAACACUUCUUCAUCAUCAAAUACAAAUACACCCCCUUUUUUCCCAACAUACCCUCCACCACCACCUUCACCUUCUUCUUUCGCUUCAUUCCCUGCUAACAUCUCUUCUCUUAUUCUUCCUCAAUCCUCUAAACCCAAAUCUUCUUCUUCCAAACUACUUGCCGUCGCCAUUACCGCCGUCAUCGCCGCCGUAGCUGUUGUUUCUAUUUCAGCUUUCAUUUACUGCCGCAGAAGAAGAAAAAGCUUCUCCGGUGAUGAUAAAACACUCAGAUCCGAUAGUAGUAUUCGUCUUUUUCCUCGGGAAGGUGGUGGUGCCGGAGGCGCCACUACCGCCACCACCGUCGUGAAGUCGAGGAAUGUUUCUUCUAAUAGCUCAGAGUUUCUUUAUCUUGGUACCAUUGUUAACUCUCGUGGUGAUGAUCUACCUAAUGGUGGCAGUGGUGGUGGUCGGAAUCCUAGAAAAAUGGACUCGCCGGAGCUUCAACCGUUACCGCCGCUUGCGCGACAAGGUUCACGGCGAGUUUACGAUGAAGGUGUGAAUGGUGGUGAGGAUGAAGAAGAAGAGUUUUAUUCGCCGAGAGGUUCUUUGAACGGAAUUGGAUCGGGUUCUCGGAGAGUUUUCGCCGGAAUUUCAGCUGAGAAUUUGGUGGGUCGGAGUAGUAGUGAAUCUACUUCAUCUUCUUCUUAUUCAUCUUCUUCUGUUUCACCGGAUCGUUCUCAUUCGAUUAGUCUCUCGCCGCCGGUUAGUUUAAGUCCAAGAAGAUCACAGUCAAAGUCGCCGGAAAAUGUAAUCACACCGCCACCGACACAGCCAUUACUUAGCACCGACGGUGGAAGAAGCUCGUUUUCUUCAUCAACAGUUUCUUCUCCACGAGCUUCUUCAAAUUUGAACGUGAAGUCUUCUUGUUCAAUGUCUUCAACGCCGGAGAAAAAUUUCGCCGGAGAAUGUCAAUCACCGUCUUUAUCACCUUUGAAUCUUUCACCGAUGAAAAACUCAGAUGGGUCUUUUGUUAAAGUGGAAAAGACUCAAUCUUGUAAUGAAGAUGGUUCUUCUCCGAGAUUAUCUAAUGCUUCUAGUGGUAAAUCUUCUUCGGCGUUUAGUUUGCCGUCGCCGGAGAAAAUGACGAUGAUGCAAGAUCAUAAUAAUCAUGGGUUGGAUCAGUCUCCAACUAUUUCAGAUGUUUCAGAUCGGUUUAGACAUUCUCCUUUGUCAUCAUUACCACUUUCGCCGACGCUUCUAUCAUCACCGGAGAGAGAGAUGAACACGAUGAACAUGAUAAACACGAUGAACAUGAUGAACAUGAUGAACACUCAACCACCACCGCCUCCACCACCACCGCCUUCUAGGAAGCAUCGGGAGAUUCCUGACCUUUUAACACCAAUUGCUGAAUCACCAACUGUUUUGAUUCAACAUGGUGUUGUAUCUCAAAGAAAACAAUGGGAAAUUCCGGUUCUUACAACACCAAUUGCACCUUCUAUUAGUGUUUCAUCAGCUCCUCCACCACCACCGCCGCCACCACCACUGGCAAUGCCGUUGCGACAAAGGAAGCAAUGGGAAGUACCUUCUCCAACAACUCCUGUUGGUCAAUCGGUGGUUUAUAGGCCGCCGGAAUUGAAACCUCCUUCGAGACCUUUUGUGUUGCAAACACCUCCUAAUACAUUGGUUUCUCCGGUUGAAUUGCCACCUAGUUUUGAGGAGAAUGCUGAAGAGGUUUCUAAACCAAAGUUAAAACCUUUGCAUUGGGAUAAAGUGAGAGCUAGUUCCGAUCGUGAAAUGGUUUGGGAUCAUUUGAGAUCAAGCUCUUUUAAGUUGAAUGAGGAAAUGAUAGAAACAUUGUUUGUGGUGAACACACCGAAUCCAAAACCAAAAGAUUCUACGCCACGUUCAGUUCUUGCACCUCAACAUCAUGAGGAUAGGGUAUUGGAUCCUAAAAAGUCACAAAAUAUUGCUAUCUUGCUUCGAGCGGUUAACGUUACAGUAGAGGAAGUGUGUGAAUCACUGUUAGAAGGUGUUACUGAUACACUUGGAACCGAACUACUUGAAAGCUUGUUAAAAAUGGCGCCAACCAAGGAAGAAGAGCGUAAAUUGAAGGAACAUAAAGACGACUCUCCAAACAAACUCGGUCCUGCUGAGAAAUUUUUGAAGGCAGUUCUCGAUGUACCUUUCGCAUUUAAAAGGGUGGAAGCUAUGCUUUACAUAGCCAAUUUUGAGUCUGAAGUGGAGUAUCUUCGUAAAUCGUUUCAAACUCUAGAGGUUGCAUGUGAAGAGCUACGAAACAGUAGAAUGUUCUUGAAGCUUCUAGAAGCUGUGCUCAAAACCGGAAACCGCAUGAACGUUGGAACAAACCGAGGUGAUGCACAUGCAUUCAAGCUCGAUACACUUCUCAAGCUGGUUGAUGUCAAAGGUGCAGACGGAAAAACAACUCUUCUACACUUUGUUGUACAAGAAAUCAUUAGAACCGAAGGAGCUCGUCAUUCGGAUACUACUACUAAUCAAACACCGGCUACAAUAUUGAGCGACGACACCAAGUGUAGAAGACUCGGCCUUCAAGUAGUAUCUAGUCUAAGUUCCGAUCUAGCCAAUGUGAAGAAAGCCGCAGCGAUGGACUCCGAAGUUCUCACAAGCGAAGUCUCUAAACUUUCAAAAGGAAUCACACACAUUGCCGAGAUCGUGAAACUGAAUCAAACGGCGGGAUCAGACGAAACCGUUAAAAAAUUCACAGAAUCAAUGAACAAGUUCAUGAGAAUGGCUGAGGAGGAGAUUGUUAGAAUUCAAGCACAAGAAAGUGUUGCUUUAUCACUUGUGAAGGAAAUCACAGAGUAUUUUCAUGGAAACUUGUCUAAAGAAGAAGCUCAUCCAUUUAGAAUCUUCAUGGUAGUAAGAGACUUUUUAAAUGUUCUUGAUAGGGUAUGCAGAGAAGUUGGUAAUAUAAAUGAAAAGACCAUGAUUAGUUCAGCUCAUAGAUUUCCAGUUCCCGUGAACCCUAUGCUUCCACAACCACUUCCUGGAUUACAUGGAAGGAGAAAUUACAGCUCCUCAGACGAUGAGAGUUCGUCUUCUUAGUUCAUGUUUGGAUUGACGGUGAGUUUGUUAAGGAUCAAAAUGUGUUACCACCAUGUUUUAGCAAUCGCGGUGCAUACUGAGAUUUUGUCAAAACUCGCUGUGAUUCUGAAUAUGCACUUAGCUGUCUGUAUAUCCCACUAGUGUCACAGUGACAUCUUGGCUGCAUUGUCUGUUAGGAAAACAACCUUUAACCAGGUGAUUUUGAUGGGGUCAUGGAGGGUGCAUUAUGGUCUUGGCCCAAAUGAAUAUUUUGUAUUUUUUUUGUUAAAUUGUAAAAAUCCUUGUAAAAGAUUUGGGUUAUAUAUAUAAAAUAGAUUAUAUUUAUAGAGUAGAAUAUUUGGAAAAAUAAACUUGUAGCUUUUAUGAAUAGGUUAUGUAUCAUCAUAGUGUUUGUUGUGUACAAAGCUAUUCAAUGACACCACUUGGUUGCCAAUGAGCUAUAA